UUCCCACACAUACACAUUCACACACACGGAUUCGCCGCAUGUUGGAGCAAAACGUCCGUACUCUCUUCGCUGCUCCCCGGUUACCGAAUAAGAGCGUCUGUUAGAUUUCGCAGUCUGCGGCGAGCCUCGUCGUGACAGAGUUUGGAGACGGCUGAAGGAGCAGUGAAGGAGGGGGGAGGAAAAAGGUGGUGUCCUCCUGUCAGAAACAACCCCCCCCUCUGACACAUGGCCGACAGCGGGAGACGGAAGGGCCGAGAGUGAGUACGGGACUGACAGAGAUCCAGAAACAUACGCAUGGAAAGCAAGAAGGCAGUCGCAGCCAUCUGUGGUCGAUCCCCUGCUAGUCUGCAGCUGCGUUGGAGUCAGCGAACUGUUCUCAGCUCCGUCAGGACUUCAGAAACCACAGAGUGAGAUAAGGGGGUUCUCCCUGCAUGUCAGUGCUCGGCGGAUGAGCCUUCACUGGGGCGAUGUUAAGGCCUCGCUGGCCUUGGAUUAGGCCCCUGGGGCUGCUUCUCUGGAGGGACGGGUGAUACCCCAGCUGGAUCUUCCGCUGUCGCCAUCCUCCACAGCUGUCAUUAGUGGCUAAUGAGCUGCUGCUAGAGAGGAAACGGAGAAGCUGCCUGUGGAGAGAGGAGGAACCUUACAGCUGUUAUUAAGAGGCCCAGAACUCUCAGAUAAGGAAUUCUUUUUUUUUACCCCUCUGCAACAGAGUGGAACAAUUAAAAGCUCUUUUGUUUCCAAGCAUGAAAGGAUAUUGACUUGUGAAGUCGUUGUUGUAGACAUUUCUUUGCAGGUGCCAUUUUGUUGUUUUAUUACAGUAUUUGUAUGAAAAUUGCCACCAUGCAGCAGAAAGACAUGUUUUUUCAGCGAGAUUAACUGAGUGAAGGAGUUUUGACACAAAGUUAUAAUCCAUCCACUUUUUUGUUUAAGCUAUAUUGUUUUUGUUUUACACUUGGAUAUAUUUUUCACCUUCCUAUGCCCUGAAGGACAUUGGUCACCAUGGCAGCAGCCUAUCGUGUUGUGGUAAGCAGUGUGAGCUGCUACAACAGCGUGGUAGUGGACCGACGCACGCACUCCCAUGCCGUGCACUACUGCUCAGGGCCAUGUGGGGCGCUCUCCCAGGGACUGGACUGUACUGUCGCGCACCGCGGCACCUGCUCCGAGCUGCUUAUCGCACCUGAGACUGUAUACGCUGACUCGAACAGCUCACUCUUACACUCUCAUAACAUCAUCACUCAGCAACUUCCCAACCAUGGUAAAAUUUCUGUUACCAUGGAUACUAGUUACAAUGGAGGUCUUGAGAGGGCGGGCAGCAGCGGAAAUUUGUCUUUAGGGGAGGACAGCCCCACAUGGCGAGGUAAAAAGGCUCCCACUGCCGGAGGAUCAACUGGGAACUUGAGCUCCUCCAGCAGUCUGAAGGACAUUACUGAAGAGGCCAUCAACCUGGCCAGUGGGAAGCUCAAAGAGUUUUCCUUUGACAAGCUUCGGCUCUCUUCCUCAAGCCAUGUCACUUUCCGGAAAGGUCGUAAGGUCCGUCCUGACUCGCUAAGCCGUCGCUCCACCGACCUGGAGAUCAUCUACGGCCACUUCAGCUCCAACAUCACCACAAACGGAACAGCUAACGGCAUGACAAAUGGCACGGGUUCAUCUAAUGAUGAGAACCUGCCACCGUUUGUGCCAGGAAAGGUAGCGAGCCUGGAGGAGACGAAGCUAAAGGGCAGCACAGCCACCUUGUCGGCCAUCACCAAAAUGGGUGGUGGAUCAACAGGCAGCCUAUCAAGUAUUGCGUCUUUGGACCAAAGUUUGAACACAGUGGCCUCCCUGUACCGCAACACUCUAGGAGAGGAGAACCUGAUCGCCCGUCUGCUGGAGAAGACACGAGCAGAGGCGGGUGCAGGAGCAGGUGGCGAGGACAUCCGUGCCUGCCUCGACAUUCUGCUUAAAUGUUCUGAAGACUUAAAGAAAUGCACCGACAUCAUCAAACAGUGCAUCAGACACAAAGCGGGUGGAGGGCCAGGAGAUGGAGGAGCCAGUCCUGACAGUGUAUAUCGGGCUGUUAUGACCCGACUCAGCUCCUAUUUGAAGAGGUUACCUCUGGAGCUGGAGGGGAUUGGAAGUUUGGGAGGCAGUGGAGGUCAGAGUACGCCUGGAAGCGGGGUCAAUGAUCUGGCCGAGCUGGUCAGCACUCUUCACUCCAUCCAACAGGGACCGUACUCUCCAAUAUUUGGCAACGAGCAACCUCCUCGAUAUGAGGAUGUGGUGCUGUCGCCUCCCAUCCAAAAGACUGUUCCUCAUUCUGCAUCAUCCACUCCCUCUUCUGUUUCGUCCUCCUCAUCUUCAUUGAAAUCAGACUCAAUCCACACAAAACCAGUCCAAAGUUCCCCAUCCAGAGCCAGUCCACUUACCAACGGACAUCCCCAUCCUUCUUCUAUCACACAACACACGCUCUCCCCACCAUCUAUCACAUGCUCUCCAUCCAGCUCCUCUCCAACACACUCUCCUUCCCCUCUCCGUACCUCCCCGACCCCACCGUACACACACACUCCACCAGCAUCCCCUAUGGAGGCUCUUUAUAUUGAGGAGGAAGAAGCAGAUGUUGGCAAGACAGAACAAAUCUCACAACAGACACACACUCCAACCAGAGGGGUGAAUGCUAACCAGAACAUAAAUGGGAUAACAUUGGGUCAACACAUGCACCUGUCCCACCCACACACACUCCAUAACUCUUCAAACACUUUGCCAGCCAGCAGUAGCUACAGCCCCACUUGGCCUUCCUCUGCCUCACUAACAGUCUCAGCGCCCAAAGCCGUCUCACACAGGAAUGAGGACAUUGACAAGCUGCUGAUGGACUUGGAGAAUUUGUCUCAGAGCAUGAGCCACCCCAGAAACACCGAGCCUCCACUUCCAGCUAAAACCAGGAAGAGAGAAGCCCAGUUAAUCACAUCCAGUGAGGCCCUCACUCAGCCUAAAAUGACCCAGUUCCAAGUCCAGAAGCCAGUCAACCACCUAGCCAUGAAUGGCCCUACCUCCAGGACUCCCCAGAGUCUCACUCCUCCCCAGGGAGAGAACAGUGAAGCCGUGGUGGGAGAGGAGGAGGACGGUGCCCUGCUGCUGAGGAUCCUGGAGAGCAUUGAGAGUUUUGCCCAGGAGCUGGUGGAUUCUGGGGCGGGGAGCACAGGGAGUGCUGAGAGGAAAUGUGGGAAAGAGCGGGAGGUGAUGAGGCUCCUGCAGGAUACACUUGCCACCACUGGCAGGGCUGAUACCCCCCUAGAGAACACAACCCCACCAGCUGCUGCUCCCACUGUGCCAUCCAUGUACACAAAUGAAGCCACACAAAUCCCAGCUAUACCGCCAAAGCACUCCCUGGCAAACUCCACAGCUGCAGUUUCACCUGCACCCACACCUAAAGCUGCAGUAUCUGAAGCUUUGUGCAAUGCUGCAUCUGAACCUGCACCUAAACCGGCACCUGAAGCUGCCCCCAGACCUCUGCCUGCACCCAUACCUGAGCCUACAAUUGAGUCUACAGAGACAGUUACAGAAGCAUCUGCAGCUGAUCCAACAUCCAUCCCUGCCGCUGGAACAUCUGCACCUGCAAGCUUGCAUUCCUUCACACAUCCAGCUGAACCUACACCUGUGGCUGCACCUGAAGCUCCGCCCCCUGUUGCCACUCCAGUUGUGGUGGUCACAAGAGAUGCCGUCAUUACUGUUGGCGACUCUGCAGCUCUGAGAGACACCGGCUCAACCCUCCUCAUCCAGCAGACUCCAGAGGUGAUCAGAGUCCAGGCCAAACCGGAGAAGAAACCAGGCACACCUCCACCAGCGCCUGCACUGGCCCCAGCCACGCCCACCCCCGCACCGCGCUCACCCAGCCCUCCUCCGGUUCCGGUGAUAGUCACCCCUCCUCCCCCGGCCAUCAACAUUCCCAGGUUCUACUACCCCCGUGGGCUGCCUGCCAUGGGUCCGGCCACCAACCAUGAUGGAGCCAUCACUGCCAUCGAGGCAGCCUUUACUGAGUUUGAGGAGGAGAAGGCUGACAUAUAUGAAAUGGGCAAGAUUGCAAAGGCAUGUGGGUGUCCACUCUACUGGAAGGCCCCCAUGUUCUACUCAGCUGGUGGUGAGAGGACAGGCUUCGUCUCUGUUCACUCCUUCGUUGCAACCUGGAGGAAGUUGUUGCACAGUUGUCACGACGAUGCAUCAAGAUUUAUCUCCCUGCUAGCCAAACCCAGCUGUAACUACCUGGAGCAGGAGGACUUCAUCCCUCUGCUGCAGGACAUAGUGGAUACACAUCCUGGGCUCACGUUUCUGAAGGAUGCACCUGAAUUCCAUUCCCGCUACAUAACAACGGUAAUCCAACGGAUAUUCUACGUGGUGAACCGCUCGUGGACGGGUCGUAUGACCAUGAUGGAGCUGCGCAGGAGCAACUUCCUGCAGACUCUGGCUCUGCUUGAAGAGGAGGACGACAUCAACCAGAUCACUGACUACUUCUCCUAUGAACACUUCUACGUCAUCUACUGCAAGUUCUGGGAGCUGGACACUGACCAUGACCUCUACAUUGACCCCAAAGACCUCGCGAGAUACAACGACCACGCAUCCUCAAACAGAAUCAUUGAAAGAUUGUUUUCAGGGGCCGUUACUCGGGGUAACGCUGUGCAGAGGGAAGGCAGGAUGAGCUACGCUGAGUUCGUCUGGUUCCUCAUAUCUGAAGAAGACAAGAAAAAUCCCACCAGUAUAGAGUACUGGUUCCGCUGCAUGGACGUGGAUGGCGAUGGUGUCCUGUCCAUGUUUGAGUUGGAGUAUUUCUAUGAGGAACAGUGUGAGAGGAUGGAACGGAUGGGCAUUGAACCCCUCCCCUUCCAGGAUUUACUCUGCCAGAUGCUCGACCUGGUCAAACCUGAGAGUUCAGGUAAGAUCACACUUGGUGAUCUGAAGCGCUGCCGGAUGGCCCACAUAUUCUUUGACACCUUCUUCAACCUGGAGAAAUACCUGGACCAUGAACAGAGAGACCCAUUUGCUGUGCAAAAGGACAUUGAUAGUGAAGGUCCAGAGCCAUCUGACUGGGAUAAAUAUGCCUCAGAGGAGUAUGAGAUACUGGUGGCGGAGGAGACUGCAAAUGAACAGCUACAUGAGGGGUCGUUUGAUGAUGACUAUGAAUCCGAGGAGCUUCAAGUCCCUGGAGAGAUUGGGAAUAAAAUGGAAAAACUGAUCAUAUCAGACCUGUCAGCAUAAAACUCUCUGGAAUUCCUGGGCCUUUUUCUCUGGAAAACGAACAGGAACAAAGUGAUACAAGGUCCCUUUGGAUGGAAGCAUCAAAAACGACAUGGACGUAACGACAGAGACAGAAAACGGUUUUGGCAUCUGUUUCUUGAUAACUGUGGAGUCUCCUCAGAAUGGACUCGUCAUUUUUUUGUGUGUGUGUGUGACCGCAAACCAGUACUGUUCUGUGUCUGGUGCAAUAACGCAUCUGUAUUCAUACAGAAAACAAUUUCACUGCCUCCAUCUGGGAGAACAAAGCCAACGAUGGGGAGGAGAAGUGUAUGAUAAGCUCUAAAAGGAAUCAAAAAAAUCACUGUAAAAUAAAGUAAUUGUGAAUUCUUUACAGACAAUCCUGCCAGAAGACAAUCAUCUGAAGGUAGACAGACAGGUAGACUGUCAGUUAAACAAAUAUACUCCUAGUUGGAGAAACAGGGAGACACAAACAGAUAAUUACAGUGAUAGACACUGCCACUGAAAAACCACAGUCAUCUGCUCAAUAAUGAUACAUACAGACAGACACUGCCAUCAGAAACCUGCUGCCUGUGCAGCUCGUCACUGUGUUCCUUGUAAAGGAAGUUGUUAAACCAUCUUGUCCCUCUGAGGAGGAAUCAUGUAACAGUUAGGGUGAUUGUAACAGCACCUCUCUGUGGCCAGUCUGUGCUACUGCAUGCCAUCACUGCCAUGCACAGUGCAGAACGGCUGGACAACUUUUUUCCAAGAGGGAGUUCAGUUCACUGCACAGCCUGAGCUGCUCUAUUAUUAGUGCGGCAUUAUCAGUGCUCCACCUCUGAACUCCCUUACAAUCAUUUCUAAACCGUGGAAAAAGUCUCUGACUUCACAGACUGAAAGUUAUCACUUCAUUGUGUGAAUACUCACAGCAAGACAUAUGCACAUAAAAUGAUGCAUGAUGACAAACAUAUCAAACUCUCUGGUAGAGUUGCUCACACAUUUCCACCGGUAACGUUUUUAAUAACACAAUAGAUCCACAUAAAAACUGUGAGUUGUUCCUGUCAGUCUCCUGUGAUUAACCAGCACAUCCCACUGUAUGUUUUCUCACGUCCUUAUUGAUUGUGUACAGUACAUGGUAAUGACUUUGAUCUGUUUUUGAAAUUUAUGCCAAAAAUUGUCUUUUUGCUGCUUAAACAUCUCAUUGUUAUACAAUUGUUCAUGAAACUUUCUGACGUCCAUUCUCCCUGUAACACACACAUACAGUACCAAACAAAUCACAAGUGAUGCCUCUUAAAGGGCCAGUUCACCCAAAUUUUAGAAAAUACUAUAUUCUCACACCUUUAGUUCAGCCUGAAGAUAGUUUUGUAUUUAUUCGCAGACAUUUUAUGAAAUCCCUAUUCUAGAUGUUUGCCUCAACCACAUUUUAAUUUGGCAGCAUUGAACAGCUGAGCUACCCACAGUGAUGCAGACAUGUGUUGCUGUAAUGUUUAAGCACAAAAAUGCUUUCUUUCACCUUUAUUGCAUUGAAACGCAGGCAGAAGUAUCAGACGGAUAUCUUUGGAAAAUAAAAUCCUGAAACUAUUUGCACAGGCUGAUACACUAAAUGAGAUUCCACCCUUUAAUUUGAAUAAACUGACCCUUUAACUCCACUAUUUACUGUGCUGCAUUCACAUGGACAGGUGCAUGUGCGUACACUGUCCUUACUGUAAUAGCUAGGAGCGUGUGUUUGCUUAGAAAUCACUGAUAGAGGGGUGUGUUUUAGGAGCGUGUGAUGUGUAGCUCUCAGUUUCAGGCUGUUUAUACGUCAUAGUUGUUGCCAUGGGGAUGGUGUUCCUGGGGUCAUUGUGUGUGUGUGCGCUUGUAUAACUCUUUAAUUAGCAAUGGGACAGCUUUUAUCCUCGAUGGCUUCGAAUUCACUGGCAUAUACCUCCUUGACUGGCACUUACUCUACACAGACACACAGAUACACUUAUAUACACACUACACUAUAGUUGCUAUUGAAAGGGAGAAAGAGCUAGUGGGUGCUGUAAGUCCUGAAGGACCUAAGUCCUUCUGCUCUAUAGCCAUUGUAAAUGUGCCUGACUGUGUAUUAAACUAUAUUAUUAUAAUAAUAACUAAUGAUAAGCCAUUAUAGAUAUAACGGCUCAGAUUUUUUGAUGUAUUUCGAUGGUUUGUAUUGCUGUGCCACUGUGUGGCUCGGGAUGGGGGGUAAAUUAUGUUAGAUGUGUGUUUGAUUGCGUGUUCAAUGCAUGGUGGAUUUCAUCAGCAGAAGAGGGGGAAUCCUCUGGAGGACUGACAGUCAUAAACAAAUAUGAAGAGCAUUUCAUAUGGAGACCUCUAAGACUGAUGUUUCACCGCUGUGGUCACACACACACUCACACACUGCCAAGGAGACUCGCUCAUCCAGACGAUAUUUAAGAAGGACUGUUGAAGGCAACGGUGCGUCUCCGAUGGUGUCCUGGUACUCGCACAUGCAGCAUCAGGCUAGGAGAGAAGCCAUGCCAAGACUUUUACUUGGAAAUUACAUCCCUACUUUGAGAGGUAGAGAGAAGACUUUUAUGUUGAUGGACUUCCUCUGUGCAGAGGAGACUUGAGAAGUUGAGAUGUGUUCAAAUCCUGAUGGUUACUGCAUUGGCAUGGUUUUCUUUCUCUCUCUCUUUCUUUCUUUCUUUCUUUCUUUCUUUCUUUCUUUCUUUCUUUCUUUCUUUCUUUCUUUCUUUCUUUCUUUCUUUCUGUCUUUCUGUCUUUCAUUCUUUUUUUCUCCUUUUCUUUUCUCCUUUUCUUUGCCCUGUUAUUUGUUGCUUUUGUCUGAAGUUUAAACGUUUAAAUAAAGAUGUUUCAAGAAUA